GCGAUAGAAAUAGGAUGGACAGUGAAUUGCUUUGUCGGACUCGAACCUGACUCAGUUGUGGAUUCACUGAGUGAGGACUCUUAGAAACUCGUUCGCUUCACCGCGGUUUGUGUUGUAUAGCUCAGUCUGUGAGUAAGUGUCGUUAAAGAUUAAUGGCGACUGAAGAAGUACAUAAGCCUGCUUCACUCCCUCCAUACCCGGAGAUGAUUUUUGAAGCCAUUGCAGCACUCAAUGAGAGUAACGGAUCAAACAAGACAUCCAUAUCCAAGCACAUUGAAUCAAAGUAUGGGGAUUUGCCAGCUGGACACUCAACGCUCCUCUCGCAUCACCUUAAUAAAAUGAAGGAUAUUGGGGAGCUUGUGUUUUUGAAAAAUAACUACAUGAAGGCAGACCCCAAUGCACCUCCCAGACGUGGUCGUGGCAGGCCUCCCAAGCCCAAGGAUCCAUUAGCACCUGAUGCUGGCCUGGCCUCAUCUAGGCCUAGGGGUGGCCAGCCAAAGGACCCAAAUGCACCUCCAAAACCGGUGAAGCCAAAAAUGGCCACAGGUAGUGGAAAGCCAAGAGGAAGGCCUCGGAAGAUGGCGAAGCCAAGUGGAGGCAUGGGUGGUGCUGCUACAACCACAGUGGAGAUGGUGACAGGGACUCGGAGGCCAAGGGGUCGCCCUCCAAAGGUAAAGCCUGCAGUGAAUGAAGUGACUGUCGAAAAUUAGAACCCAGUUUUUAGUAUUUGUGUAGUAGCUUCUGAUCGACCUCCUGUUGGUUUUGUGUGUUAAUUUGUAGGCUAACUGAUGUUGUUAGUUUGUCAAUGUGUGUGUCACUGCAUGUAGAAUUGGUGAUGUUUUUAGGGUUUCCUUGGCACUUAAUUUAGGUUUCCAAGAAUUUGACUGUUACCAGUGUUCUUUUAAUGAUUUUUUUCAGUAUUUUCUUCACAA